CGGAAGACAAUUAUGGAAGCAUCCGGCACUUCUUCGGGUCAGAGGGCUGAAAGUGAUAUCCAAAACCUCUUGUGGUUCUGUAUUCAAGACAGGAGAUGGAGCUGAGGCCAAUCGCAGGAACUAGACGAGGCCCGCUGCGCGUGCCUACAUAAUCUCCCGUCUUGAAGCAGGGGAAGUAACAGUGAGCCGAAAUCAUCCACUGCUGGAACUCAGUCCAGGGAAUUCUCAUUUAUAGUCGCAAUGGCGAUUGCAGUGGGUUCGAGCUUGAAUCUUUGUCGUCUGUCCUCGUCUGAAACACGUUGUGCGAGUCGACGAAGUUGUGGCAGUGACGUUUCCCGGGUGGUUCCAGCCCGGAGUUGUGGAUCCUUCGGUGGCGCGAGUUUGAAAUUUGUCGGCAGACAUCAUAGAGAGAAUGCAGUGCGAAUGUCGAGAAUUCGAGCUUCUGUCUCACAGUCUCUCGAUGACUACCGUGUGGGGGCAACUAACCGGGAGGAUGUGCCUAUGAAGGAUUUACUUCAAUGCCUGGAAGAGGCCAGCGCCAAAGGAAGAGAGGUGGUAAUGGCUGCCGUCGACAAGCCAAGGAGCGUUGAUUACAAAGGAGCAACGGACCUUGUAACAGACACAGAUGGACGGAGUGAGCUGGCAAUCUUGGAGGUGGUCAGGAAGUAUUUCCCAGAUCAUCUAAUUUUGGGUGAAGAAGGAGGAGUCAGUGGAGAUGAGUCCUCCGAUUACUUGUGGUGCAUAGACCCACUUGAUGGUACAACCAACUUUGCUCACAGCUAUCCUAGUUUUGCGGUCUCCAUAGCUAUUUUACUUCGGGGAAAGCCGAUUGCUGCUUCAGUGGUAGAGUUUGUAGGUGGUCCAUUUUGCUGGGACACCCGCACUUACAUAGCUUCUGCAGGAGGCGGAGCGUUCUGCAAUGGAAAUCAAAUACAUGUCAGCAACAAAGAUGAGGUCGAACGGGCUUUAUUUGUCACUGGGUUUGGAUAUGAGCAUGACGAAGCUUGGGCCACAAACAUCGAUCUGUUCAAAGAAUUUACAGAUGUUAGCAGGGGCGUGAGGAGACUUGGAGCAGCCGCGGUUGACAUGUGUCACGUUGCUUUAGGGAUUGUCGAAGGUUUCUGGGAGUAUCGAUUGAAGCCUUGGGAUAUGGCAGCAGCAGUGCUGAUUGUCGAAGAGGCUGGAGGCAAAGUUACUCGCAUGGAUGGUGGCGACUUCUGCGUGUUCGAUCGAUCAGUGCUUGUAUCCAACGGCAUUCUGCACGAAAAGCUUCUCGACAGAAUAUCCCCACCUACGGAGAAGCUCAUAAAUGAUGGGUUUGACUUCUCUCAAUGGUACAAACCAACUGGGUACGUUUCUGAAGUGUAGUGAGUAUGAAAUACAGCAUCAAAACACCCAGGAUGGUCUUGAAGGUGGCGAGAGUGGACAAGUUUUGUCCUGAUAGUACUCGGAUCAUUUUUGAGGUUGGAUAGUAUGGAACUCGCGUAGAUAGGCACAUUGGGUUCUUGUAGACCCUUUUUACCCGUCUAGAUCAGUUCAUUUUGCGUCCAGCAAUUCUGUCAGUUGUGAGUUCAUUUACCUCGCUUGUCAUUUUAACCAAAGGUGGUCAGUGUAAACAAGCAUUUAAUUGGAGAAAAAAUAAACUUAGAGUACCAUAAUAUCAGAGAACGGAGUUACGGGUCUGUCAUUCAUAUCUAGGAGUUUCAGUGUGCUCAACAUUAUACAAUCACAUACUUAGUGGUGUGUGGAGGGUGACUGUCCAGUUACUCCGAGACUUGGCUUAUUUCCGGGCACCUAAGGGAAUAAAUUUGGCUAUCUUUCAAUGCACAGGAUGGGUAUUGAACCGAAGAAAAAUAGCAGCCUACUUUGUUGAACACACCGUGC